GGCAGGAGACGCUCUGUCCCACGCUCUCCCAGUGCUCGGUGGUUUAAAGAUGGCGGCGGCAGCGGCAGCAUUGGGGGCGCGGAGCCGCGGGAUGGGAAGGGAAAAGGAGAACCUGUGAGGCGUCGGGAGGCAGCGCGGCGCCUGCUGUGAGAAGUCGGGUGCGGAGCCGCAGGCGGCCGGACCGCUCAGGGCCGGGGCCUGGGUUGGGAAGGAGAGGCCGGAGCAGCGCCUGGAACCCCGAGGCCGGAGCCGAGGAGGAAUGUGACCAGGGGUCGUCGGGGGCGCGGGAGUAAGCGAGCGCUGGGAUGGGGCAGCAGGUGGGCCGCGUCGGGGAGGCUCCGGGGCUUCAGCAGUCGCAACCCCGCGGGAUCCGGGGCAGCAGCGCAGCCAGGCCCUCCGGUCGCAGGCGGGACCUGGUGGGGCGCACCGCAGAGGCCGGCUUCAAUAUCUUCACCCAGCAUGAUCACUUUGCCAGCUGUUUGGAGGAUGGAUUUGAGGGAGACAAGACUGGAGGCAGUAGUCCAGAAGCCUUGCACCGCCCCUACGGUUGUGACGUUGAACCCCAGGCCCUGAACGAAGCCAUCAGGUGGAGCUCCAAGGAGAACCUGCUCGGAGCCACCGAGAGUGACCCUAAUCUCUUUGUUGCACUUUAUGAUUUUGUAGCAAGUGGUGAUAAUACACUCAGCAUCACUAAAGGUGAAAAGCUCCGAGUCCUUGGUUACAACCAGAAUGGUGAGUGGAGUGAAGUUCGCUCUAAGAAUGGCCAAGGCUGGGUGCCAAGCAACUACAUCACCCCUGUGAACAGCCUGGAGAAACAUUCCUGGUACCAUGGACCUGUGUCCCGCAGUGCAGCAGAGUACCUACUCAGCAGUCUCAUCAAUGGCAGCUUCCUGGUGCGAGAGAGCGAGAGCAGCCCCGGGCAGCUGUCAAUCUCGCUCAGGUACGAGGGGCGUGUGUAUCACUACAGGAUCAAUACCACCGCGGAUGGCAAGGUGUAUGUAACUGCUGAGAGCCGCUUCAGCACUUUGGCCGAGCUUGUUCACCAUCACUCCACGGUGGCUGAUGGGCUGGUGACAACACUACACUAUCCGGCGCCCAAGUGUAAUAAGCCUACAGUCUACGGUGUGUCCCCCAUCCAUGACAAAUGGGAAAUGGAACGAACAGACAUUACCAUGAAGCACAAACUUGGGGGUGGUCAGUACGGAGAGGUUUACGUUGGCGUCUGGAAGAAAUACAGCCUUACGGUUGCUGUGAAAACGUUGAAGGAAGAUACUAUGGAGGUGGAGGAAUUUCUCAAGGAAGCUGCAGUGAUGAAGGAAAUCAAGCAUCCUAACCUGGUACAGCUAUUAGGUGUGUGUACCUUGGAGCCACCAUUUUACAUUGUGACUGAAUACAUGCCUUAUGGGAACUUGCUUGAUUAUCUCCGAGAAUGCAACAGAGAAGAGGUGACUGCCGUUGUACUGCUUUACAUGGCCACUCAGAUCUCUUCUGCAAUGGAGUAUUUAGAGAAGAAGAAUUUCAUCCAUAGGGAUCUUGCAGCUCGUAACUGCCUGGUGGGAGAAAACCACGUGGUAAAAGUGGCUGACUUUGGCUUAAGUAGAUUGAUGACUGGAGACACCUAUACUGCUCACGCUGGAGCCAAAUUUCCUAUUAAAUGGACAGCACCAGAAAGUCUUGCCUACAAUACCUUCUCAAUUAAAUCUGACGUCUGGGCGUUUGGGGUGCUCUUAUGGGAAAUUGCUACAUAUGGAAUGUCACCAUAUCCAGGUAUCGACCUGUCUCAGGUCUAUGAUCUACUGGAAAAAGGAUAUCGAAUGGAACAGCCUGAAGGAUGUCCCCCUAAGGUGUAUGAACUUAUGAGAGCAUGCUGGAAGUGGAGCCCUGCCGACAGGCCCUCAUUUGCUGAAACACAUCAAGCUUUUGAAACCAUGUUCCAUGACUCUAGCAUUUCUGAAGAGGUUGCUGAGGAGCUUGGGCGGGCCGCUGCCUCCUCUUCUGUGGUUCCGUAUCUGCCCCGAUUGCCUCUACUUCCUUCCAAGACCCGGACGCUGAAGAAGCAGGGGGAGAACAAGGAGAACAUUGAGGGGGCACAAGAUGCCACAGAAAAUUCUGCUUCCAGUUCAGCACCAGGGUUCAUCAGAAGUGCACAGGCCCCCAGUGGGUCCCCAGCACUGCCUCGAAAGCAGAGAGACAAGUCACCCAGCAGCCUCUUGGAAGAUGCCAAAGAGACAUGCUUCACCAGAGAUAGGAAGGGAGGCUUCUUCAGCUCCUUUAUGAAAAAGAGAAACGCUCCCACACCCCCCAAACGCAGCAGCUCCUUUCGAGAAAUGGAGAACCAGCCCCACAAGAAAUACGAACUGACGGGUAACUUCUCAUCUGUUGCUUCUCUGCAGCAUGCUGAAGGGUUCUCUCUCACUCCCGCCCAGCAAGAAGCGAGUCUGGCGCCACCCAAGUGCUAUGGGGGUAGCUUUGCACAGAGGAACCUCUGUACUGACGACGGUGGUGGGGGUGGGGGCAGUGGCGCUGCUGGGGGCGGGUGGUCUGGCAUCACAGGCUUCUUUACACCACGCUUAAUCAAAAAGACACUGGGCUUACGAGCAGGUAAACCCACAGCCAGUGAUGACACUUCCAAGCCUUUUCCAAGGUCAAACUCUACAUCUUCCAUGUCCUCAGGGCUUCCAGAGCAGGAUAGGAUGGCAAUGACCCUUCCCAGGAACUGCCAGAGGUCCAAACUCCAGCUGGAAAGGACAGUGUCCACCUCUUCUCAGCCAGAAGAGAAUGUGGACAGGGCCAAUGACACGCUUCCAAAAAAAUCAGAGGAAGGUGCCGCUCCGACCAGGGAGAGACCAAAAGCCAAACUUUUGCCCAGAGGAGGCACCGCUCUUCCUCUCAGAACCCCCUCUGGGGAUCCAGCCACUACAGAGAAGGAUUCUCCAGGGUUGGGGGUGGCUGGAGUGGCAGCUGCCCCCAAGAGCAAGGAGAGGAAUGGUGGGGCACGACUCGGCAUGGCUGGAGUCCCAGAGGAUGGCGAGCAGGCCGGCUGGGCUUCUCCAGCCAAGACUGCUGCGGUCCUCCCGACCACUCAUAACCACAAAGUGCCCGUCCUUAUCUCGCCCACUCUGAAGCACACUCCAGCUGACGUGCAGCUCAUUGGCACAGACUCUCAGGGGAAUAAAUUCAAGCUCUUAUCAGAGCAUCAGGUCACUUCCUCUGGAGACAAGGACCGACCCCGCCGGGUAAAACCAAAGUGUGCCCCACCCCCACCACCAGUGAUGAGACUACUGCAGCAUCCGUCCGUGUGCUCAGACUCCACGGAAGAGCCGAUCGCCCCGACUGCAGUCCAGCCCAAGUCAGAAACACAGGAGGCGGGGAAAAAGGCGGCUCCAGGGGCGGUGCCCAUCAGUGGGAAAGCUGGGAGGCCUGUGAUGCCUCCACCUCAAGUGCCUCUGCCCACAUCUUCCAUCUCGCCAGCCAAAAUGGCCAAUGGCACAGCAGGUACUAAAGUGGCUCUGAGAAAAACCAAACAGGCGGCCGAGAAAAUCUCAGCCGACAAAAUCAGCAAGGAGGCCCUGCUGGAAUGUGCAGACCUACUGUCCAGUGCAAUCACGGAACCUGUGCCCAACAGCCAGCUGGUGGACACUGGCCACCAGCUGCUCGACUACUGCUCAGGCUAUGUGGACUGCAUCCCCCAAACUCGCAACAAAUUUGCCUUCCGAGAGGCUGUGAGCAAACUGGAACUGAGCCUGCAGGAGCUGCAGGUGUCUUGCACAGCCGCUGGCGUGCCCGGGGCAAACCCUGUCCUUAACAACUUAUUGUCGUGUGUGCAGGAAAUCAGUGAUGUGGUGCAGAGGUAGCCACUGGUAGCCAAGUGGGAAGGUGCACACAUUGCUGAGCAGAGAGGGAAAGGGACUUGUUCUACUUGUGUUGUUUCAGAAAAUGGAAGACUGAUACUUGAGUGUGUUUCUGUGAAGUACCUCAGAUCUCUGAGUUCUCACGUUUACAGGUUCAUCUCAAAAAUAACAAAAAGCAAACUCCAUAGGAGAGAGGGAAAAUAGAUGGGGGGCAGGGCAGUCGUGGGCCAAAUCAGAAGCUGCACUGAAGCAUCAGGGACAUGUGCCUGUCGAGCUCCGAAGGACCGAGUCCAGCCCGUCCUCACCUGGAGGGACGCGAGCUGGCCGAACAGGGCCGUCCAGCGAGGCCACAGGGCCUGUGCCUGGGCAGCGGGGUGGCUGUGGCCCUCACUUUGCCCCGCUCCAGGAGGUACUAGUGGUACUGAUCUCAGUGAGUGGGUGGGGACGUGCCAGGAGGGUUUGUUCAAGGCUGUUGGAAGCUGCGGUUAGCCUGGCUCCUACAAGGUCAUGGCUGCAGUAAGAGCUGCAGAUCAGAUGGUUUGAUGCAAAACCAGGAAACGUGGCCCUGUCUGUACACACCUGUCCUGUUGUCUGUCGGUGUGUUAGUUGGUGCCGGAGGUAGAGAAAGCCAGGAUGUGUGUUCAGAGAGAUUGAAACCACCUCCUCCGUUGUAUACUGCCCAGCAGAAGCCACUUCUCCCAGCUGGUGUAUGAUUUUGUAAUGGAUGAGGAUGAGCUUUGUGCUCAUUGGUGCCUAUCUGUGAUCCAUAGGCGUAGCAGGUCUCUGGUGGUUUUUCUCUGCCCCUUGCUGGGCAGGCUGUCUUCCUCUGUUCCUGGUGGCAUUCAGGGCAUUAACCAGCAUUGAACACUAUUGAAGAUAAUGGUCCUGGACAGGGCUCCCAGGGGAGUCCCUGCAUACUGACAUACUGGCCAAGGACUUGAGCAGCUGUGUAUGUUUCUUUAUCAACUAAAGUGCCAGGGAAAGAGUGUCGUCUUGAAACCCAGCAUUCAGCCCAGGGGCCUGUGACUGAGGGGAAAAGCUAGCUUGGUCCUAAUGACUCUUUCUCUGUACCUUUCCUCUUCCUCUUAGACCCAGUCCUGGUAGAGAGUGGGGAGAAGCGUUCUCAUUCUAUGCGGAUUUCAAAUGAAUCACCCUAAGUUAUUGUCACAUGCUUUUCUUCUUUCACUGACUCCCCCUGCCAGUUGUUGUGCUUGUUUGUAACGAUCAUAUUGGAAGUAUUCUUUGAUAUUUAUUUUUUCAUUUCACCUCUAUUUAAAGAUGCAUAAUUGAAGGAGCAGGUCAUUUUCAGGGGAUGCCGAUUAGAACCUGGAAACCUAGUGGUUCCUUUUCCUCCCCUAUUCAGUUAUUGUUACAGAAGUUAAUUAGGAUCACUUCUGAAUUUAGAACCAAAUCUAAUUGGUUAGAUGUUAUUAAUACUCUCGAUACCAGGUCUAAGUCCAGUGACCACUUCAUUCUCUUUUUAAAACUUUAUGCCCCCUCCAUUCCUGCCUCCAAAGAGAAUGCAAUAUUUUUUAAAAACUCAUUGUUUUUUCUUCCCAAAGGAAUAUUAACUUAGGAAGUUAGGAAUUCAACACUGAUGAACAGUGAGUUUUCUUCCUGGCUCUGUCAUUGAUCCACCAUCAGCCCCAUAGCCCCUUCUCUUAAUCUGUUAAAUGGAGGUAAUGAUACAUGUUCUCAAGGGUGUUUUGGAAAUAAGUGUAUAGUUAUCCCUUUGAGAGCCUUUCUGGAAAGCUCUUUAGUGCAGUAUUGUUACGUAUGAAUACACAUCUUUCAUUCUCCUUUUUCAUCGUCUUUGCUUGGUAGCAGAUAAUGAAAUUUAAAACUGCUGAGAUUAUACUAAUCAGGCUAAGGGGAAAAAUGGUUUUGGACAGAGUUUGGCAUCUUUGACCAAGGAGAAAUUUUAGUUUUCAUUAGAAAGAAAGGAAUUGAUUCUUUCUAUGGGUGUUCCAGAGGAGUCCCAGGCCAAGAGAAGAAAAAGCAGGGAGGAGACAGCAUUGGGCAUUCCUUUCAGGGGUUGGGUGAUCCCUCUGACUGUUACUUGUUGGUGGAACACAGGCAACCAGAGAUCUGGCUAAUCUCUUUGUAAUGUUUGGAAGAGUUCCCUUUAACUUGGAUUUGAAAACCAGCAAUCCUCCGGCCACCUUCUUCUUUGCCACUCUCCUUCAUCAUAUACUUCCAUAAACUUGAAAUUGUUUUAGCAGUUAGCCUUUUAAGGGUGGGGCAGGGAAAGCUAAAACUUUAGAAUAUUAUUAUGCUGCUUUUUAAGUUUAUCCCUGUCAUUGUGGAUGCAAGUUGAGGGAUUAGAAUCAUUUUUCAGGGGAUUGAUUUUAUUCUUUCUUUCUUUUUUUUUAAAGCAAGGGGUCUUUCCUUGAGAGCUCUGAAAAUAAGCCUUGGAGGAACACUACUGAGUGUAUUUAAGCUCCCUGGUUUUCUCACCGAAGAGCAGUCUUUGAGGGUGAGGGCUGGGUCUUACUCAGGGGUAGCACCUGGCUCUGUCUCAUUCAUAGUAGGUGCUCAGUAUGUCCACGAAUGGAUUCUUUUUUUCUUUUCUCAACACUGUCAAGAGUAGCAUUGACUGUUGCAGCACACUCCAUCCACAUGAUGCUUUAACUGUAAUUUCAGGAGUUGAGGGCUCAGGGUUCGGGUUAAAGAGACACUGUCAACUUACUAUAAAAAUGUAACUUAGGUUUUUUUCCUUUUUCUACUCGAAAGGGACCAGAUUUUUAAAAAACUAACCAUAAAUAAAUUUAAACAUUUGAAUUCAAAGCAGAGAAAACUACGUUUAGAAACUAAAAAUGUAGUUUAAUUCUGUCUAGUUUAAAACAAAGCAGACAGCAGGAGCAAAAGCCCUUCUACAAGGUGAUGAAAACUUUCUAAAGUGGUUGUAUGUAUGCAUCCCUUUGGGGUUACCCCAGAUUGAAUCUUCUCAUGUACUGAUAAUAUGAUUUCAGUUUAGAUUUACUACCUUACAAUGCAGUGUUGUGUAAAAUACAUCUCGUUUGUGCUUUCCA